AGCAUCUUUUUUCUCUCUUCACAAUUAAGAAGUUUCUCUAAACUCCAGUUCACCUCUGAGCCCGUAAAAGUCUUGAGACUGACUGUAUUGAACCCUACACCAUCCCUGCACGACUGGGAAGAUACUGUGAACAAGGACACUGAACCCAAAGAUCCAUACCCCAUUCCAAGAAAGAUUAUGGCUGAGCCAGACUACAUAGAUGAUGACAAUCCUGAGUUAAUUAGACCUCAGAAAUUAAUUAAUCCUGUGAAGUCAUCCCGGAAUCAUCAAGAUCUCCAUAGAGAGCUGCUUAUGAAUCAGAAAAGGGGUCUUGCACCUCAGAACAAACCAGAACUACAGAAGGUGAUGGAGAAAAGGAAACGAGAUCAAGUUAUUAAACAACAAAAAGAAGAAGAAGCACAAAAGAAGAAAUCAGACCUGGAAAUAGAGCUACUGAAAAGGCAGCAGAAACUGGAACAGCUUGAACUGGAGCAACAGAAGAUACAGGAAGAGCAGGAAAAUGCACCUGAAUUUGUCAAAGUCAAGGGCAACUUGAGGAGGACGGUCCAGGAGACAGCAGAAGCACCAGACUCCUAGAGCCAGCACCUGCUAAGGCUUCCAGCUUCCCUGCAGAGAGAGGCUUUUGCAAGUUGUCUCUGGUUUGCCCCUCAAGAGGGAAAACAGCAGCAUCCAGCUGACACUUACUGAAGAAGAGAUUUCUAAUUCCUGGGACAUGUGGAGUAAAAGACAGUACCAGAAACAGAUCGACUUGCCAAAUGCAGUUCCAGGAUGGAUGGAUCAGGA